AUGAAUUCUGCUAGUGGUGAUAAUACUAAUAAUAAAGCAGGAACAAUGGAAUAUGAUAAAACAAUGUAUAAAAAACCGAGUGCAGCAGAAAAAAAAAAUCAUUUAGCUGGACGUAUAAAUUUAUUUCAAGAAAAAGUUAAUCAUACACGACAACCAUCACCAGGAAUUAUUGAACAUCAAGUUGAUAAACAUCACCAUGAAAUUGUAGAUGAAAGUUUAAUGAAUGAAAUGAGAAAUUUAUCUCAAUUAGUUAAAGAUAAUGGAUUACAAGGUGAUUAUGCAAUACAAAUUAAAUAUGAUGAUUUAGUUAAUAUAUGUAAAAAUACUAUGAAUAAUGAUAAAUUAAACGAUUUACUAUUAAAAACACGUAAACAUGGUUAUAUACAAUUUUCUGGUGAUACUUUAAAUGAAGAUGUUAAUAUUAAAUUAAUUAAAGUACCAUAUUAA